UGUCAAACGCGCCAUUUUCUCAUUCAACACUAAACCCAGAAAACGCAGAACUCCAGAAAUCAUUCGAGCAAUGUAAUGCGAUCUCCGACUAUUCCUCGUCUCUCACUCUCAGCCAACGCAAUCCACAAAUUCUGCUUUCAAGACAAGUCAAUUCUCCCUCCUCCAACCCCAAAUCACCAUCUUCAACAACUCUCUGAAUCACGCAUUAUCUCUCUCCUCGAUUCCUGCACUCAUCUCAACCACCUCAAAGCCGUCCAUGCGAGUAUCUACCGUUGCUGCCUGGAACAAAACAGAUUCGUCCUCACCAAACUCAUCCGUGUUCUCACCAACCUCAACUCACCCAUUAAUGGCUACCCUCGCGCCAUCUUCAACCAAGUUCAGCACCCGAAUUGCUUCCUCUGGACCGCUCUGAUUCGUGGGUAUGUCGUAAGUAGGCUGUUUCAUGAAGCUAUAAAUUUAUAUGAUUGUAUGAAAAGAGAUUGUGUUAGACCUAAUUCUUUUACUUUCUGUACUCUGUUUAAGGCUGCUACUUUAAUGGGGGAUGUGGGUUUGGGUUGUCAGUUACAUGGAGAGCUGUUUAAGCUUGGUGGGUUUGGUGGGUCGGGUUUUUUUUUACACGCUGGGAAUACUUUGAUUGAUUUGUAUGUGAAAUGUGGGGUUAUGGAAAGUGCACGCAAUGUGUUUGAUGAAAUGCCUGUGAGAGAUGUUGUAUCUGGCACUUCGCUCAUUGUUGCGUAUGCUAAAGGUGGGGCGAUGGAGGCUGCUAUGGAGUUGUUUGAUGAGCUUGAUGUGAAGGAUGUUGUGGUAUGGACUGCUAUGAUUACCUCGUAUUCACAGAAUGCUCGACCUAGGGAUGCUUUGGAGAUGUUUGAGAGAAUGCAAGGUUGUGCAAUUGAACCUGAUGAGUUUACAUUGGCUGGUGUUAUUUCUGCUUGUGCUCAGCUUGGUACGACUAAGUAUUCGAUGUGUAUUCGAGAUAUUGCUGAAAGAUCGGGACAUGGGCCAGAGAGAAAUGUGUUUAUUGGGUCUGCUUUGGUAGAUAUGUAUUCCAAGUGUGGGAGAGUGGAUGAUGCGUAUGCCAUUUUUAAGGUGAUGAGAGAAAGGAAUGUGUACAGUUACAGUUCGAUGAUUCUGGGGUUCGCAGUUCAUGGUCGUGCUGUUGAAGCAAUGCAAUUGUUCUGUGAGAUGAAGAAGACGGAUAUAAGACCGAACAGAGUCACUUUGAUUGGGGUUCUUACAGCUUGUAGUCAUGCUGGAAUGGUGGAAGAAGGCCGUAAGUUAUUCAAAACUAUGGAGGAAACUUAUGGUGUUACUCCUACAGGUGAUCAUUAUACUUGCAUGGUUGACCUUCUUGGAAGAUCUGGUCACUUGGAAGAAGCUCUUGAUCUUGCCAAAUCAAUGCCAAUAGAACCUCAUGGGGGUGUAUGGGGUGCAUUACUUGGAGCUUGUAGCAUUUAUAAUAACCCUGAAACUGCUGAGAUUGCUGCUAGCCAUUUAUUUGAACUUGAACCUAAUAAUAUAGGGAAUUAUGUCUUGUUUGCAAACAUACUUUCAUCAGCUGGAAAAUGGGAUGGUGUUUCAAGAGUGAGGAAACUAAUGAGGAUCAAAGGUUUGAAAAAGAAUCCUGCUUGUAGUUGGGUGGAAGGAAAGAAAGGAAUUAUACACGAGUUUUUUGCUGGAGACCAGACACAUCCGAGAUUCAGAGAGAUUAAGCAGGUGUUGGAAGACCUUCUUACUAGGCUGAGGCUUCAUGGAUACCAACCAAAUCUGGUUUCAGUGAGUUAUGAUGUUAGUGAUGAUGACAAGAGACAAAUACUAAUGACUCACAGUGAGAAGUUAGCUUUAGCUUUUGAAUUGUUGAGUACCGAGUCUGCUCAUACAAUCAGGAUUAUGAAGAACCUUAGAAUUUGUGAGGACUGUCACAUUUUUAUGUGUGGUGCUUCAAAGAUUACUGAGAGGGAGAUUGUUGUUAGAGAUAACUUGAGAUUCCACCAUUUUCGAGAUGGAUCAUGCUCAUGUGGAAAUUUCUGGUAACAUAUGAUUUACUGUGUGAUAGUUAGAUAAUGCUCUCAUUCAAUAACUAUCAUCUGCCUGAUAGGAUGGUGAUAGUGGAUCAGCUGAUUCAGUGCUCAGAGGUGGUUGAACAUGUAUCAGCUGAUUCAGAGGUGCUUAUUGUGGAUUUUGCGGGUGCAUUUCCAAAAUGUAAAGAAUUCACUAGUGACUUAUUGGGGUUUGUAAAGGACCAGCAUUGGUGAGAUAUCUGUGUAUUUAUUUACCUUGGUCUUCAUAAUAAUUGGGUGAUGUUUUCUUAAUGGAAAACAGAAAUAAAGAAAGAAGAUAGCAUGGAAUUUGACAAUAUGGAAUAUCACGUCUGCUUGAUUGAUAAAGAAGGCGAGUAUGCAUUCCAUGGCUGUGAAUUACCCGCUAUCACCACUUUCAUCGGAAUUGCCAACCUGCAAAUGCUCAAAGAGGAGGAGGUCGAGGAGGUGACCAUGGUGCUGCAACCGUGGAUCCAUAUAGUGGGACCACCGGGGCGGGACUUGGGUCUGUAGAGGUCGAUAAUUCCUCCACCACUGAUAAUGGUACUAGCACUGAACAUACUGGGAAUGAUACUGGGGGUGCUUAUUAUGCUGUGUACCAAGGGCAAGCAACCAGGAUCCCUGCAUCGGAGCCCGUUGGGCAGGGACAAGGUCAAGGUCAAGCUCAAGGUCAACUUCAUCGUCGCGGUAUUAGAGAUGAAGGAGCGGCUGACCACAGGCCAGACCCUACUGGUGGUCACUUUGACUUUCGCCGUAGGUCAACCUAGUGUUGAUCAUAAAUAUAUACAAAUGUAUAGGUAAGAAGGACCCUACUAAACCAAAACUUGUCACAGGUUAGCCAGUCCAAGUACAACAGGUGUUUACUUGAGCCACUCCCAAGCAUUUGGCAGUUGAUGGGGCUCGACCUACUCAAUCAACUCCACCUACUCCCCCAACUUGUGUUGAUAUUGCUGAUGUCCAUGAUAAGUUUUUGGUGAUGUCCAUAUGUAUGUUUACGGUCGUCUGUUAUGUUUUGAAUUAGGUGCUUGUAGGUUUUUCAAUGUACUACUUACUACUCGUAUGUAUUACUAAUGUCUAUAUGGAAUAGCAAGCAAAGACACACAUUCCAUUACUCGUUUGCUUCA